AUGGGCAAAUCCUCAAAAGAUAAGCGAGAUGCUUACUACCGUCUGGCGAAAGAGCAGAACUGGCGAGCUCGAUCCGCCUUUAAGUUGAUACAGGUCGAUGAAGAGUUUGAUUUAUUCGCACACUCGGAUCCGGACAGCGUGACGCGCGUGGUUGAUCUAUGUGCUGCUCCCGGUAGCUGGAGCCAGGUCCUUAGUCGAGUGCUGAUUAAAGGAGAGAGCUUUGGGAGGAGAGCCUGGGAGGAGAAGAGUAGAAAGGAGGCGCGGGCAUUGCGCAGCGUUGGAACGGAGAAUACACAACGACCACAGCCAGAUGGGAUAGAAGAAGGGCAAGAAAAGAAAGGAGCCAACGACGAAGAGGAAGAGGAGGAGGAAGACCAAGAUAAAAUACUCAAGCCGAGGAAAAAUGUGAAAAUAGUGUCCAUUGACCUACAGCCCAUGGCUCCAUUGGAAGGCAUCACAACGCUCAAAGCAGAUAUCACACAUCCAUCAACCAUCCCACUUCUCCUCAAAGCUCUGGACCCCGAGCUCUACGAAGGAGAUGACGCCAAUUCUCCACACUUAUCCCCCAACCGCCCUCAUCCACAUCCAGUCGACCUUGUGCUCUCCGACGGCGCACCGGACGUCACUGGCUUGCAUGAUCUAGAUAUCUACGUGCAAUCACAGCUACUAUACGCUGCUCUAAACCUAGCUAUAGGCGUGCUACGACCAGGCGGGAAGUUUGUCGCCAAGAUCUUUCGUGGCAGGGACGUGGAUUUGAUAUACGCUCAGUUAAAAACAGUUUUCAAAAAGGUGUCCGUUGCUAAACCGCGAAGUAGUCGUGCAAGCAGCUUGGAAGCGUUCGUGGUAUGUGAAGGGUUCAAACCGCCAGUGAAAGAUUCCGAUGGUCCUCAGGGUAGUAAAGGGGGAUUGGGAGGGUUUGAUAACCCUGUAUUUGGAGGGGCGAGGCCAGGCGUGGCUGGAUUAUCGGCCGGCGAUCACCAUCGAUGGAUUCCACCGUUUAUAGCAUGUGGUGAUCUGUCGUCGUGGGAUGCAGAUGCUUCAUACGAGCUGCCUCCGGACCAUGUCAGUCUUGAUCCGGUCCAACCGCCGACUGCACCGCCUUACAAGCGAGCUCUAGAGCUGAGGAAGGAGAGAGGAGGGGCUUUUGGCAAGACUAAGAGUCCGAGGUAG